GACGCAUUUGAUAACUCGCAAUGGAACAACGCCCGAAAAACCCUCAGCACUGCAAAAACCCGUGGGAGCGCCACGUGGAAUAUUGCAGAAUUGUUGCUGCUCUGCUACCCUAAUUCCUCCCUCCCGACCCCAUACCCAUCUCGUUAACUUUAGACCUAAUAGUUUUCAGAUACGACGCGACUCAUAGAUGGGAUGUUAUACGGAUCCUCCGAUAGACCAGAUCUUGCCUUCUGAGCUUAUCUGCGAUGUCUUCGAGAUGCUUCGGGUUCAGGACAUGCUUAAUUGCAGUAUUCUGUCUCGGCGAUUCUUUUCUCUAACUUCGACCGUGCUAAAGAAGAGGGUUUCGGUGCUGUUUGGCGCUCGAGGGGCCGAUCUAGAGUUCGUUAUGUCUCUGCCAUCUGAGACGUACAGGACUCAACACUGCCUCAUGUUCUCUCGUACUGAGGAGUCUGUCACUAUCAAUGUUCAAAAUGCGUUAGAAACGUCUUCCUCAUGGAAAUAUCCUCUAGCAGUAUUCAAAUUUCUCCAAGACAGCGAGCGUUUCCCUAUCAACAUUGAAACUCCGUUUGAAACCUUCCGGACCGUGCUUUGGGAUAUAUGGAUGACUUGCCCUGUGACCCUGUCUCCGCUUUCAAACGCUAAAGGAGGACUGUCAUUGGUCCAAAUGAGAAAGCAGCCUAUUUGCAAAGGUGUUGAACGUAUCCGCGAUGCCUCUUUUGAGGACAAGCCCACGUCCAGCUCCGUCGAAAUCAGCUGUGCACCAUCUUGCAUUCUCGAACUGACGUUCCUUCCAUAUUUCCUUCGUGAUCACCACGACCCCAUCUUAGACGAAAACCUUCUAUCUCCGUCCGAUUCACUUCCCGCUUCCCCAGCUUUGUCAUCCCCGCCAUCCUUCAUCUCUACACCUUCAUCAUCUUCCCCUUCCUCCGAAUCGGAUAUAUUGCCAUACAUCCUUCCGGAUUCUCAGCAGCCGCCAGUUAGGGCACUUUCAUCCACGGCACUUAAUGUUCAUCGCAAUUGUCCCUUGUGUGCAUCAUCUCCGAGGACCGUCGGCGGGAUAGCGCCUCUAUGCUCUUUUUUGUCUGGAUCUGAAAAGGCUUUGCGGUUCGAUGGCCUGAAGAUUAGCUGUGUCACUUUGUUGCGUGCCCAAGAAGAGGAGGUUGAUUGGGAAUGGAAUGGCAGGAAGAAAACACUCUUCGUUUAGUGUACACGUUGAUUCUCUAAGUGCUGCUCGUCUACUUGACGUUAGGCAUCUGAUAUCCCUACGGUUCCCAUUUGCUUCGCUUUUGUUCCGUUGUCUGUUUCUUGUGCGCUUCGGCUCAACUGGAGCUUUUCUUCUUGCGCACAACACUUAAGAUUCUCUACGCUUCAC